AUGCAGAAAUCUGUCCCAAAUAUGUACAUCAAGGAGGUAUGCUUAGAGGUCUUCAAGUCCUACGCGACGAGGACGGUGGUGCCCGGGUUCGACGAGUUUUUCAACACCAUAACGGGUUUGAACGGAUCAGGCAAGUCCAACAUCCUCGACUCCAUCUGCUUCGUCUUGGGAAUUACCAAUUUGCAGCAGGUUCGCGUCGCCAACCUCCAGGAGCUCGUCUACAAGCAGGUCCAGGUCGGAAUCACCAAGGCCAUCGUCUCCAUAGUCUUCGACAAUUCUGACCACGCCCGUAGUCCCCUCGGAUACGAGGCCCGUUUUGAAAUCACCGUCACCCGUCAGGUAUUUUGGGUUUUAACAAUUAGGUCUCGUUCGAUUUUGGUGAUUGGGAAAUGGAGAGAACAGAGGGCUGGAGGGGAGGGAUUUGGAUCUUAA